UAAGUGUUAAAUGUUCAGAUUAUAGUUGAAUUCUUACCUUCAGGAUUUUUAAAUGCCUUUCCGUUACUUCAAGUCUAGUUAUGAAUACACGAAAAAAAGAAGGGACUUUGGACGGCAACCACUGUUUACGUCAGUUCCAGGACACUUACUGGACUCGAUAAAUCCGGACAAAGACCAGCAAAAGUUAUACUGCCUUCGCAAUCCUGUCCAUGCAUCUGUUCAGGCGACACUUCCUCAAUCCCAGCAUGAUGCGAACACUAAACAAAUAUUUUUUAACGAUGAAGGAAUGAAUCAUACAGAAGGUGGCUGGCCACGUGAGGUACCUCCAGAUCACGAGGAACUAGUACUGCGUCAUUGCCGUCGCGUUACACACGAAGAAAACUACAUCCAUGCAGUACAAACCCUAUCUCAACAGAUGGUGCACUGCAUUAACCAGAACAAUGCUGUUAAUUUAUACGAAUCAUACUUUUCUAAUAUGCAGGAACGAGAGCCUGUGGAAACGUAUCAUAUAAGAGAGCAAAAUGUUUUCAGAGACUCCUGGAACCGUCCAGUCUCUUGCAUCUGCUGGACUCACGAGCAAGAAUCCAAGUUGGCUGUUGCCUACGCUUACAAAGAAUGGCCCUCAGAUACGAAACCAGAUAUUGAAACUGUUUGCUAUAUAUGGAAUGUUUCAAACCAAAGUUCUCCAGAGCACGAAAUAAUACCAGAUGUGCCCUGUUGUCAAUUACUGUGCUCACCCGUCGAUCCGCCUGUUUUAGUAGGGGGACUUAACAAUGGAACUGUGAAUGUCUUUGACAUUCGCAGCGGCAAAGUAUCAGUUUCUAGCAGCUCCGUUUUCAAUUCUCACUUUGCCCCGAUUUCAGCCAUGCGUUACACGACUUCAAGAACAAACACUGAAUUUUUUACUGGUUCACCAGAUGGAUGCUGCUAUUGGUGGGAUUUGCGAGAUCUGUCAAAACCAUUAGACAAGCUGGUUAUGACACUGAAUUUGGCACCGGGAGAGGAACCCCAAUCAACGAAAGCGGAAGCCGUCAGUUCUUUAGAUUUUAACGCUGGGUUCCCUACGAAAUUUCUGUGUGGAACCGACUCCGGUCUAGUCAUAACCGUGAAUCGCAUGGGUAGAUCACACGGAGAGGUUAUGGCAGCGCUUUAUAAAGCUCAUUUAGGUGCAGUUCGCACUGUACAACGUAGUCCUUGCACGGCGAGAAUGUUUGUCACAUGCGGGGACUACUCUGUCCAAGUUUGGAGUGAGGAAGUUCGUUCAGCUCCCAUAAUAAUAACCAAACCUUAUCGCUACCAAGUUUUCGACGUUGCAUGGGCUCCAUUCAGAUAUUCCAGUUAUAUGUCCGUUUGCCAAGGAGGUUACAUGUAUUAUUGGGACUUUCUUCGUAAAUAUAAAGAGCCCGUUGCAUCAUUAAAAUUGUCUAAAUAUGGACUUACAAAGGUAUCUCCACAUGAGGGUGGCCACCUCAUAGCAGCCGGGGACACAAACGGUUCUACUUAUUUGACUACAGUACCCGAAAACAUGGUCGUACCGGGUAAGGACGACAAACAUCUUAUGAGUUUAUUGUAUGAGAGAGAGACUAGACGUGAACAUAAUUUGGAAGCUCGUCAAAGGGAAAUCAAUUUGAAACUAAGAAUGCAGGAACAACAUGACCAGGCACCACCGGAACCGAAACCAGACGAACCUCUAGAGGAUGAAGAGGCGGAAGUGGCUGUUGAAGAAGAAUACUUUAGGAUUGUUAAUGAAGAGUUGGGCAAGAUGGAUGACGCGGGCUCUGGCUCAUUUAUGUAAUAUAUGUUGCUAAUGGCUAUCCGUUUUCUACACAUUGUAUUUCAUCAAAUCAUCAAUAUAAAAAUUUUGCCUUUAAAAAAGCCAAACUUUCAUUGUGGUACUUAGUGCCUAUUACAAUA